AUGCCCAAGUCGAAGAAAUCAUCAGACGCAAAUAAGGCUGAGGGGACUGUUCCCGAGCUGUGCGCGAGCGGCGGGCAGAAGAGGCCCGGGGGGCCUCCAUCCUGUGGGGAGGAAGUGGUCACUAAGAAACAGUCAGAGGACAGGAGCCUUCAGACCCAGAGCCACAAGUCCUCCAGCUGCUCCAGCUCAAAGGCCACGCACAACAAGAGCAGCCGAAAAGCCGCGGAGAAGAAGGCUGAGGGAGCUGUUCCUGAGCUGCGCGCGAGCGGCGGGCAGAAGAGGCCGACUCCAUCCUGUGGGGAGGAAGUGGUCACUAAGAAACAGCCAGAGGACAGGAGCCUUCAGACCCAGAGCCACAAGUCCUCCAGCUGCUCCAGCUCAAAGGCCACGCACACCAAGAGCAGCCGAAAAGCACGCGCUGAAAAAUUCUACACCAAAGGAGAGCUGCUGGGGCGUGGGGGGUUCGGGUCCGUCUACGCCGGGACCCGCAAGUCGGACGGACUGCCGGUGGCCCUCAAAUAUGCAAAGAAACUGGAAGAUGAUGAAAUACAGCUGCCGCUAGCCAUCCUGAGCCUGUCAGCUCUCAGCACACGUACCGCCAUCUUCCCUCGGCAGCCUGGACUGGACAGGCCUCUGCCCCGGGAGGUGGGGCUGCUGAAGACGGUGAACAGCCCCUCGCACCCCAACGUCCUGCGGCUGUAUGACUGGUUCGACAGGCGGUCCUCCUACGUGAUGGCGAUGGAGCGCCCGGACCCGUGCCAGGACCUGGCGGAGUACUGCGAGCGGCAGGGCGGGGCCCUGGGCGAGGGCGAGGCUCGCCACAUCACACGGCAGCUGCUGGGGGCGCUGCAACACUGCCGCCAGCACGGGGUGGUGCACCGUGACGUCAAGCCGGAAAACAUCCUGGUGCAAACGGACACACGGCAGAUCAAGCUCAUCGACUUCGGCUGUGGAGACCCCCUGAAAGACACCCCCUACGCAGAGUUCUCAGGGACCGAGAGCUACCAGCCGCCGGAGUGGUUUGAGAAGCAGGAGUUCCAGGCGGGUCCCGGGACGGUGUGGUCCGUGGGGGUGACCCUGUUUCAGAUGCUGUGCGGUGCCCUUCCCUUCACCACCUUCAACAGCGGGGCGAUGCAGCAGGUGUACUUCCCUGAGGGGCUGUCACCAGGGCUCAGGGACUUCAUUUCCUGUUGCUUGAGGCCCCGGGCGGAAGAUCGGCCCACCCUGGGGCAGCUGCAGCUUCACCCCUGGCUCCACCAGUAGGGCACUGGGUCAGGAGUAUCCGCGUGCCCCCCAGAAUCUAGGCCGCUGGGUCAGUGUGAGCCUGGCCCCUCCAUGGUAUGGAAUCUCCCAUGGAGGGAGGUACUUGGUCUGCACCAUGGCAACGAGGGAGGAAUGCUGGCUAGCUGGAGCGGGACUAAGGCGACCGUUGUCCCUACAACGUCUCCAGCCCCUCGAGCGCACGCAGUCGGGUCAAACAGCACCCAGACUGGAGAAAACCACUGUGGUCACAGACCUCAGACUGCUUCUAAACCCAGCAAGACCCACAAGCAGGAAUCUCCCAUGGAGGGAGUUAUUUGGUCUGCACCAUAGCAACGAGGGAGGAAUGCUGGCUAGCUGGAGCGGGACUAAGGCGACCGUUGUCCCUACAACGUCUCCAGCCCCUCGAGCGCACGCAGUCGGGUCAAACAGCACCCAGACUGGAGAAAACCACUGUGGUCACAGACCUCAGACUGCUUCUAAACCCAGCAAGACCCACGAGAAGAAUCUACGAGUGGUGAUCUGCCAUCCUGGACCUGGUGUUGUUUUGCAUUGUCUACUCAUAUACCACAGCAAUGAUGAAGCCAUUAUCACCUUUUAAAAUAAAUCCUGUUUUACAUGUAAAAAUUGAA